GUUAUAAUGUCCAUUUUAUUGUCAAAUGGUCUUGAUCAUAUAGUCGCGCUCCCGAAAACUUGAGUAACCACAUUUAUCUAUCAACAUCAAUACUUCAUUUGAUCUACAGGUACUUAAGAUUGUAUUUCAAGUUAUGAUGGAUAGUGAACAACAGAAAUGGGCAUGUGGUGGAAUCUCUGAAAACCAAGGCAGUGGAUGUAACCGCAUGAAGGAGACAGAGGAAGAAAGUAACAGUAAUGCUCAAAACAAGAUAAAAAACUCUGCUCUGAAACCACCAAAGUGUCGCCUAGGUCGCCCCAGUGGAUCAAAAAACAAGCCCAAAAAUAUAAUAGUCACUAACCAGAAUCCAAUGAAUAGUAAAUUUUUGGAAGUUGCAGCAGGUUAUGAUGUGAUACAAUGUUUAAUUCAAUACUGCAAGAGGAAUGACAUGAAUAUGGGCAUUUUAAAAGCAUCUGGAACUUUGGGCAGGGCAGCAAUUUAUCAGCCUGGGAGGCAGCUCCAAUUCUUGCAUAACCAAACCGAAAUAAUAUGCCUGUCUGGACAUUGUUCUCCUUCCUUAUGUUCUCUGACAGUAUUGCUUGGCCACAGUUAUGACAGAUGUGAGCAUGGAUUCGUUGGCAGCAGGCUUAAUGGUAGCCAGCUUAUUGCAGGUGGUCCUGUUUAUGUUAAUGUUGCUUCUUAUACCAAUGCAUCGUGUCAUAGGGUUAGUUCUAAUUAUGAAGAUGAAAGCAGCAACAUUAUCUAUACUUGUGAUCAACCCUCAAAGUCCAAAAAUCCACUUGCAAUGGUUAGAGGACAAGGAUCAUCUUUGGGUGCUCCUCAAAUGGCUGGAGCAAGCAAAGGGAAGGAGACUCAGUCGAAGGCAUCAGAGGAAUGUAAUUAAGACCUUUGGUUGAUAUGGUUUGAAAGCCAGAAUUACAUAUUUGAUAUGAACUAAUAAUUGAAGUCCUUUUAUGUAUUGAAGUUAUAUCAUGGAGGUUGAUUGGAUUCAGUAAAGAAUUUAUAGUUACUUCUGUA